AUGGAUGUUUCUCAGAACGAACCCAAGUACAUUAAAGUCACUGCAUCGAAAGCCCAAUCGCUAGUGGAGGGUAUCCUGACAGGAAAUGGCGUAUCGAAAGAAAACGCGAUAAUCAUUGCAAAGUGUCUUGUGCUAGCUGAUUUACGUGGCGUGGAUACUCAUGGCAUAAAUCGAAUCCCAUCAUACAUGGCUCGAGUCCGCCAAGGCGUUCUUGACCCAAAGGCGACACCCUCAUUGACUACGAUAACACCUGUUGUUGCUCAAGUCGACGGACGAAAUGGAUUUGGGUUCCUGGCCGCCCACCAGGGCAUGGCAUGCGCGAUUGAGAUGGCAAAAGAAUUCGGUAUCGGCAUGGUAUCCGUCAAGCACUCAAAUCAUUUUGGCAUGUCUGCAUGGGUUGUACAACAAGCCCUCGACGCAGGAAUGAUGAGUUUGGUCUUUACCAACUCGUCGCCUGCUCUUCCGGUGUGGGGAGGGAAGUCCAAGCUUAUGGGAGUCUCACCAAUUGCUUGUGGAGCCCCAGGAGGCAAAAAGCCGCCGUUCAUCUUGGAUAUGGCUCCAUCAAUUGCGGCGCGGGGCAAAAUCUACAAGGCCAAACGACGAGACGAAAAGAUCCCACUGGAUUGGGCUCUGGACAGCGAAGGGAAGCCAACAGACGACCCUGAAAAGGCACUGGAGGGCGUAAUGUUACCAAUGGGAGGCCCCAAGGGGUCGGCUCUCGCAGUAAUGAUGGAUGUUUUCUCGGGCGUCUUGUCUGGGUCUGCCUUCGCCGGACAUGUGACAAAUCCCUACGACCCCUCAAAACCAGCAGAUGUCGGGCACUUUCUCAUCGCGAUCAAACCAGACCUGUUCAUGAGCUUGGAUGACUUCAAAGAACGAAUGGAUUACUUGUACCAACGCGUAGUUGGCUCAGAGAAGAUGCAUGGUGUCGAUCGGAUUUACUUUCCAGGUGAGAUUGAGCAGUUGAGACAUGAAGAGAGGCUGCGGGAUGGAAUACCACUUGUGGACGCCGAGAUUGUAGCGCUGAAUGCUGAAGCCGAGCGCGUUGGCGUUGCACUGAUUUGA